AAAACCAGUAAUCUGCCAACUGGUGUAUUUGAUCACACGCGUUCAAUAUGCAGGUGCUUUAUAUACUAUUAAUGCAUGUUAACCUAUCUACGGUGUAUACCAGGACAGAAAAUACAGUAAGCUACUAGUAUCCACAUUCAUGUAUAUUUUAAAUCACUACCUCGAUGGGAGACCUGUCUUAUAUUAGGAAACCUUCAGUAAGAACACUGCAAAGGAUUUCAUCUUUCCACAUCCCGGUGUAGUAGGAAGUAAGGAGAGACUUUGGCAUAUUAUUUCAAAAUGUCAGAAAAACAACAGCAGCAGGUGAAGGACUCAAAAGAGAUGUCUUUUCCUGAAGCUGGAAUUUAUUCAGAUGCAGACGGCUGGAGGAUGGCUUAUACCCCCACUGAAGCUCCAGUAUAUGGAGGGGGAACCAUCGUGGCCUCGUUUUCAGAUCAUUCCCUGUUACCAGAGGAGGCGGAGGCGUACUUCAUAUUUCAAGGGUCAUCACAGCGUCACAUCUGUGUAGGACAGCGGAUUAACCCUCCCACAUUAGAGGCAGUAAUUCCAGAACACGACAAGUCCGAGGUGGUCCAGCUCAGUAUCUGUUUGUGCCAAAAUGGAGAACCCAGCAAGACAAUCGCAACAAGUGACUUCCUCUAUCUCUAUGAUUCUGCAUACUAUAUGGCCCAAUUUUUAAUGGAGAGUGUGUACAAUCCUAAUGCACUGGAGAGUUUAGAAGGGAUCAAAUCUGAACAUUUUGACUUGACUAAUGAAGUUCUGUCCACAUUGGAUGACCGGUUGACCAAGGCCUUUGAGCACUUACAUGUACCGGAUACUUGGAAUUUACUUGGAUUUCCUGACGAAGAACCAAGGCCGAGGGAGACCCUGCUGCAUUUCAGUGCUCGUCUGGGACUGAAACAGUUCACCACAUUCCUGUUGGAUAAGCCAGGCAGUGAGGAUGCACUGCAGCUGCCCAACAGACAGAACAAGCUUCCAAGAGAUUUAGCUCAGGAAUCAGACAUGGAGGGAUUUGCAGACUUAUUUACUGAUUACAAUAAACAUGAUAUAGUUCAGUGGGAUACAGGCCGAGUGCAGACACAGUCCACUCUGUUCAGGAGACAUGAGCAUGGAGGGGCCACUGUCAGUAGGAAUGUCAGGGAAUCCAUGAAAUCUGUUGAUGAAGACAUCAGUUUGCUACGGGACUUCUCUCAGUUGAUGCAUGGAACAGUUGCCACAGUGCGCCACAGAGAACCCAAACCUUGGAAGCCAGAUGCGCCUGGGAUCCAGGAAGAGGGAGACAUCGAUGAUGACUUUCUUCAGAGGCGGCACUACAGUGACAGCCAGUACAUGAGCAGUGCGUGUGGCAGCUCAGGGGGGUACCCAGGGUCCACUGUACAACACUACAGUACAGGCAGUACUGGGGAACACAUGGUGCCAGGAGCUAGUACGCACCAGAGGUUCCCCUCAGUUGGUGACCCCCCAGGGUACAGUCCAAGGCAAAAGAUACUAGAAGCCAACCUGAGGCGUCUACAGGACAUACAUGAAGGCAUACAGCUUCUGAAACAGUUUAACCAAGGCCAGAUGACAGGCCAUGAGCAGAAAACAGCAUUAUGA